CAGCAUGUGACCUUUUAAAAAAAUAUAUCAUAUUUUCUAUUUCAACCCUUUGAUUGGUAUCUUCAUCUUAUAACUGUACUUUUCUUGUUGAAUUCAAUCAUUCAUUCAAUAACCCAACAUGGAGGAUUCUCCUCUCUACUCUUCAACUCCAAGUUCCCAACAGCAUCUUCUAAACCACCAUAGAGAAGAGUCAGAGACAGAACAACAACAUGGUUCCAACACCAAACAACACAAGAAGCUAGCUCUUCUCCCUUUGGUUUUUCUGAUCUAUUUUGAGGUUGCUGGAGGCCCCUAUGGUGAAGAGGCUGCAGUGGGAGCUGCAGGCCCUCUAAUAGCCAUCCUUGGCUUUGUGAUUUUCCCUUUCAUUUGGAGCAUUCCAGAGGCACUUCUCACUGCUGAAUUGGCCACAACUUUCCCUGGCAAUGGUGGGUUUGUGAUAUGGGCCAAUGAAGCCUUUGGACCCUUCUGGGGCUCCCUCAUGGGCUUCUGGAAGUUCUUCAGUGGAGUCAUCAACUUAGCCUCAUACCCGGUUCUAUGCAUAGAUUAUCUCAAACUGGUGAUCCCAAUUUUAUCUUCUGGCUUCCCUCGUUUUGUGUCUAUUUCUCUCUCCACUUGUGUCUUGUCCUUUUUGAACUAUUCUGGUUUGGCUAUAGUGGGUUAUACUGCAGUUGUUCUUGGUGUUGUUUCACUUUUGCCUUUUGUGUUGUUGUCUUUGUUUUCCUUGCCCAAAAUUGACCCCAGCAAAUGGCUAAGUUUUGGUCAAGAGGGUGUGGAGAAGGAUUGGACACUGUACUUCAACACCAUCUUUUGGAACUUGAACUUUUGGGACAGUGCUAGUACUCUAGCUGGUGAAGUUGAGGAGCCACAUAAGACUUUCCCAAAGGCCUUGUUAUCUGCAGGGUUGCUUACUUGUUUGGGAUACAUAAUUCCCUUGUUGGCUACCACUGGGGCUAUGCCACUUGAUCAACAAAGUUGGGUUGGUGGGUAUUUUGCACAUGUUGCUGGGGUCAUUGCUGGGAAUUGGUUGAAAAUUUGGAUGGAAAUUGGUGCUGUUUUGUCAAUAAUUGGGUUGUUUGAAGCCCAACUAAGCAGUGCUGCAUAUCAGCUUCUUGGUAUGGCUGAUUUGGGAUUCAUACCAAGAAUUUUUGGUGAAAGGUCUAAGUGGUUUAACACUCCUUGGAUGGCCAUUUUGAUCUCAACAGUUGUAGCACUCGGCAUGAGUUUCUUGACCUUCACAGAGAUCAUAUCUACUGUGAAUUUCUUGUACAGUUUGGGGAUGCUUUUGGAGUUUGCAGCUUUCCUAAGGUUGAGGAGGAAAUUCCCUGCUUUGAAAAGGCCAUUUCAGGUUCCAUUGGGGUUCUUUGGUUUAAUCAUAAUGUGCUUGGUACCAUCAAUUCUUUUGGUGUAUGUGAUGACUGUUGCUUCCAAAAUUGUGUAUGUGGCUAGUGCCUUCUUGACCUUUCUUGGGAUUGCUUUAUAUUAUUUCAUGAAUCUUUCUAAGUCUAGGAAGUGGCUUGAAUUCAGCCGUGUGGGAGAUAAAUUGGGUGAAGAUGAUUAUGUUUUGUAGAAGUUGGGUAUGGUUGCCAUUUUUAAUGGAAUCUUUGUCAAACGUACUUGUUUGGGGAACAAGAAUCUUGUUUUUAUUUUUUCUGCUGGAGAAAUUGGAUUCUCCUCAGUCAUUAUGUUUUAAAGUAUAAAUUGUAAUGCAAAUGUCUUGAUGACGAUGUUGAUUCCCUAAACAAUUAGCAAAAUAUUGUCUUUUUCUUUGGGUAGCAUAAA